UUUUAAUCAAGAUUUUCAUUCAGUUUAUGCUUGAUUCAAUUUUUUAUUGAGUUGAUAUAUAAAAUUAUUAAAACUAUACACAUAAAUUAUCAAUCUUUUGUUUAUUUUUUUGAUAGAUAGUUUUAGUAAAUUAAUAUGAGACGAUAGUCUUCAGAAAGUUCAAAGGAGCCUAAAGGCAUUUUAAAAACGCAAACUAAAUAUGGCAUUCCAACAUCCCCAUCUUCUCAUAAUCUUUCAAAAUAAGGACAAAGCAGAUAUGAAUCUGUUUUGAAGUAGCAUGGCGAUAGUAUUUUAAAGAAAGAAAUUGAACAGAAAUCGUUACAACAAAUAUAAAUAACAAACGAAAAUAAAAAUAAUAAUAAUAGCUUUCAUAAUAAAUCUAAUGCAAGCAUAAAUAGUGCUAGAUAGAAUAACAAUUCUAAGCUAGAUAACUAAAAUACUUCUAAGCGAUAAAGCAUAUCUCAGCAAUAAAUAGGUUAAUUAAACUAAUCAGUAGAUAAGUAAAGAAGAUAAAGUAGAUUGAAUGAUUAAAUAUUAGAAAAUUCAUAAGGAAGUAGACUAGCAGCUUACAGCUAAAGUCCUUUAAAUAUCAAUUAGAGUCAUAUUAUCAACAAUAGCAUACAUGCAUAUGUGAAUAAUUAAAAUCAACUCUCACACUCUCCGCAUUAAUAUCAAACUAGCUUAGCUGCUUAAGUUGGUAAUAUUGGUGGAACUAAUACAGCAGCAGCAACAUUGAAUUCAAUUUUUAAUUAAGUUACUUUAAAAGAUUUAUGUCCAGAAGAUAAGAGGAAAAUAGGAUAGCUAAUGAAAAAGCUUGCAGAGGAGAAAUAAGAAAAGGAAUUACUGAAAUAAAAGCUAUAGCUUAAUGAGAAUGUUUAUAAAGAGAGAAUAAAUCAUAUUGUGAAAGAAAAUUAGCAAAUACAAGAAAAUACAAAUGUUUUAAAGGAAAGAUUUUAACAAUCAGUCAAGCUUCUGUAAAAUAUAAGAGAUAGAAGUGCUGAGAGAAGUUCUCCUAAUUUGUAUCCUCAACAAACUCCUUAAAGCAAUAACUAAUUUAAUUAUGAUAGCAACCAAAGUAGUUAACCUCCAAGUUAAUAAUAAAAAAAAUAAUUAAACAAAAGCUUGUAGUAAAUUUCAGAUAAUAACAUAGGUGCAUAAGAAUAAUUAUAAAAUAAUUAUAGCUAAAACUAGCUUAACAAAAGUAAUUAAGAAUUAAAAAUUUCUUCGUUUCAAAAUAUCCCUGUUAAAGAUUUACCUGAAGAUUAGUAAUAAAUGAGAUAAUCUAGGUAAUCAGAUUUUUAGAUAGGAUCUUCUUUAGAUGUAAAUAAUGGAAAUAAGCAAGAAGAUAUUGAUGAAAAUGAAGACAGGCUUAGUAGACACAGUAGAAUUAGCAAAUAAGGAGAAAUAUAAAACUCAUAGGGAUUUUAAUAAAACCAAUAUUAAAUUGCAAAUUAACAGCAAAUAAACUAGCCUUUUGCUAGCAAAUAAUCAACUAUUAAUGCCAAUAUGUAUUAAAAAAAAAAUAACAACAGUUAGUCUAGUAAAAAUCUCUAUUAAUUUUAAUAACCUCCCUACUUAGCAGAUAGUUUGGAUUAAGAAGUAUAAGAAUUCCUUUCUUAAAGUAUUAAUAAUAUGUAAAACGGUAAAUUAGCAGAAUUAGAAUAGUAACUAAAUUAAGUUUCCAGCAUUCCUCAAAAUCUUAAAAAUAACUAAACUCCAUUGAACUAUCAUUAGUAAUUUGGAGGGUAAAUUCAAUAAAGUGUACAUAAUUAACCUCAAUAAAACUUUUAACAAUAAUCUUCUCCGUUUAAUCCUAAGAAUUAGUAUCAAGAUUAAGCAGCUUAAACUUCUUUUGCUAAAUACGUAUAUAAAAAUGGGUAAGUGAAUGAUUAGUAGUAUAUUUUAAAUAACUAGUUGCUAAAAAACAACUCAUAAUUGAAAUACUCUCUUUCUCUUUAAUCUAAAUCCCCAUAAACGACAUAAAAAAAAUAACCUCAUUUAAGUAAUGUUUACUAAUCUGCCUCGUUUAUGUAAUCAAAUGGAACAAAUAACCAUGCUUCUAUGAAUAACCAUGCAGAUAGAUAAUAGGAAAGAGUUACUUUAAAAAUUAAUUCAGGUGAAAGUGAAAAAAUGUUUAAUUAAUGGAAAAAAUAGUAUGCUGUAACAUCUACUAAUGAGACAAUAAUGAACUCACCAUAUAAAAAUUAACCUUUCUUAGAGAGAGCAAAGUAAGCAGAGGAGGAUGAUACACAUACUUUUUAGGAAAUUCAAAACCUCCGUUCUUAAAUGCAAGGUUUAGUUAAUUCCUUAAAGCAAAUCAGCUUGAAUAAAUAAUAAAAGCAAGAAUAAGUUAAAUAAAUAUCAUAACAUAGCUAAACUGGCUAAUAUAGCAAUAAAAAAUAAAGCAGUAAAGAAUCUCCAUCAUCCGAUAGGUAGGCUGCAUAGAAACUCUUAUAGGGAGAAAUACAUUCUAUCUCUUCUAGAGGAAAUUUAGAAAGUUUAAAUUCAAACAAACAUACAGAAUAACCAAAAAAUACUGUUAAAUCGACUAUAAACAGUUACAAAGAAAAUAGAAUUAAAUACUCAAAUACGAGUUAGGAAACAUUUGCUUAGAUACCUUAACAUACUUAAAAUCAUUCUUCCAAUAGAUCUUCUUAAAAACAAGAUACAAUUCAAACAAAUCCUCCACCAAAGUACCUAAAAUAAUAUAAUAGCAGUAAUGAAAAUAGCAGUGAAGAGGAUGAUGAUUAGAUUGAAAUAGCACAAAAAUUUUUAAAUCUAAAAAAGCAAAAAUUACUAAGUCAUUUACAAGAAAUAAGAAAAGAUGACUUUCUUGAUUCAAGCAGUUUUGAACAAUCACAAUUAUUUGAUAAAAAACGUAAUUUUAAUUAUGAUUAAAAGCAUUAUGACUUACCUUUAUAAAUUCUCUAAUCUGAAACAACUUCAAAUGCAAAUAUCAGCACUUCAUAUAAUAAUGAAAAAAUGUCUAAAUUCCAUAAUAAGUAUCUUUAGUAUGUCAAUAUAAAAGACUCAAAAUACACACCAUCGAAUGUCUAGCAAGGAGAGAGAAAUUACAUAUCUCCCCCUUCUCAUCAACAGAAUUUAGGAAAUUAUCAAACUAAUUAACAUUAGGCUAUAUAUUCCUCUAGAAAAAGCUCUCCUUAAAUGCAUCUUCGUCCUGAGGUAGGAAAUAUAGAUUCAAAUAGAAACACAAGUAACCCUGAAACUCUAACCAGAGUAACUAGUAGAAAUAUUGUUUCUUCAAAUAAAAAUAAUGGUGCAAUAUAUAGUUCGAGAGGAGAACUAAGCAAUAAUCUACCUUUGAACUUAGAAAGUAUGUCUAAGGAAGAGAUAAAAAAAUUGAAUAGAAUGUUGGAGAAAAAGCUUCGAGAAAUGAGUGAAAGUGUGAGCUAUGAAAUAAGUUCUUAAAACAAUGAAUUAGAUGUGAGUGAAUAGAUAAAUACUAAUCAAAUAAUAGCUCAUAACUAUAUUAAUACACCAUUAAGGUAAUCUUAAAACACAAACACUUUUGAACUGAGUAACACGUAGAUUUAAAUUUAGAGUUUGCAGGAAAGUUAGCUAUUAAAAUACUCAAAUGCUACUGGGCAUGGUGGUAAAAUUAAAGGAAAUAAUAAUCUUCAAUAAAAGUCAAACGCUUAAAUUAAUAAUCACUUAAACCCUUAAAAUCACAAUAUACAUAACAUUUCUGGAGUUACAAGUAACAAUUAGACCAGUUAAAGAAGUACUCAUAAAAAUAUAACACAACAAAAGGAGCAAACAAACCCAACAUUAAAUGAUGAAUAUGUAACAUUUAGACAUGAAGAAAAUGAGAGAGGUGAUACUAAGAGAACAGUAGAAUAUAGUAAAGAUAAGAAAAAAUAAAAUAAUUUAUUCUCUCAAAAUGGAUUAGAUGAAAGUAAAAGAAUAGAUGCUGUCAGAGUAACAGAAAAUUUCAGCUAUCUCAGUACACCUUAGCCUGAAAAGUUAUAAGUAGAUCUUGCUUCAACUACGAAAAAAGAUAUUCUUUAAGGACACUUCUAAGUAAUGUCAAGUGAUGAAAAAUGCAAGGGAGAAGAUUCUAAGUAUAUCAGAGUUGAGGAUGGUAAAAGUGAGAUUUCAAUUAAUUAAAAAUCAGCAAAAUCCUUAAUUCUACAAAAAAUUUAACAUUUAUCAGAUGAGGAAAUGCUGUAAGUUCUCUAAGCAUUGAAAAAGAAGAAGCAAAACAAAAAAAGCUUAAGGAAUUAGAAUGUGAUAAAUAACGAUAGUUAAGAUGAGUAUGAAUAGAUUAAGGUUCAUUAAUUAAAAUAAGCUACUAAAAGUAAAGUUAGUGUUGAGAGAGAAGAAGGAGAUGAUGAAAACUACGUUGAUGAAGAAAAUGAAUAGUCUAGUUAUAUGAGUGUUUAAUAGCAGUAGGAAGAUAUAUAUUAAGAUAAUUAUGAAGAUAUUUAUAAUGACAUUUCGAGAGAACAAAGAUUUUAAUAAUAGGAUAAUGAUAGCUAAAACUUGAAAAGACCAAUUGGAUAAAAAAUGGGCAAAUAAAGUGAAGCAAACUCAAAAUAUAACUCAAAGUAGAUAGACAAGAAAUAAUCAGAUUAGUUAAAUGAAGACGUUAUAGAAUUUAAUUAACUAAUUUAAUAAUCUGACCAUCAAAAUUUAUAACAAGGUUAAUCUCAAAGAUCUUCAUAAAAACAUUUAGUUUCUAACACUCCAUAAGACUUGAAUAUGUAACAUUAAAACAGAUUGACUAAAUAAAAUAAAGUAUCUUAAAAAAGCAUUAAGAGUGAAUUAAGUAGGGAAGAUGAUUAAGAAGAAGAGUAAGUAUACGAUGAGAGUCUUUUUUAAAACGUAUAAACAAUAGAAAAGUAAGAGCUAUCAAAGAGAACUCUUUCAGCAAAAGGAUAAAAAGAUAUGUAAUUGCCACAAGAAGAUAAAAAGAAAAAUUAAUUUAUUGAACCAAAACUAGAUAGCAUAAAUUAAUAAAAUUUUCAUAUAUCUAUGCAGUAUCAGAAGAUUGCACCUUAAAAUUAGGAAAAGAAGAAAUAACGAAAUCAAUUGUAUUAAACUGAGGGCAUGUUUGAAGGAGAAGAAGAAAUACCUAGAAGAGAAAUGGAAACAAAAAUAAGGAAAAAUGAUGAUAAGUAUUAUAUCUCUUCUUAUACAGAAACUGACCAAUCAAUAAAAUAUAUUAAAAAGAAGAUAGAAAAUCAAAUUUGA